GAGGUGGAACCGAUCCCUGUCAGGGGAGAGUGGAGGUCCUUCAUCAGGGACAGUGGGGGACAGUACGUGAUCAUAACUGGGAUCUAGCAGAUGCUGGAGUUGUGUGUCGACAGCUGGGCUGUGGAUCUGCGCAGUCAGCACUGCGUGGAUCUCACUUUGGACUAGGUUCUGGGCGCACCUGGUUGGAUAAUGUUAACUGCAGUGGUUCUGAGUCUGCCCUGUGGAACUGCUCAUCAAGUGGAUGGAAUGAGUACUACUUGAGACACUACGAUGACGCUGGAGUGAUCUGUUCAGAUGAUGACAUAUUGAGGCUGGUGGGUGGAGCCAAUCUCUGUGAAGGAAGAGUGGAGGUUCUUCAUCAGGGACAGUGGGGGGCAGUUUGUGACCAUCACUGGGAUCUCUCAGAUGCUAAAGUUGUGUGUAGACAGCUGGGCUGUGGAUCUGCUAAGUCUGCACCACGCAGUGCUAACUUUGGACAAAGUUCCUUACCCAUUUUGGUGAAUGAUGUAUCCUGCAAUGGCUCUGAGUCUGCACUGUGGAACUGCUCAUCAAGUGGAUGGGGUGUGCGUGACUGUGGUCACUAUGAAGAGGCUGGAGUGAUCUGUUCAGGUGAGGACAGGUUGAGGCUGGCUGGUGGAGGCCAUCGCUGUGCUGGCAGAGUGGAGAUUUACCAUGCUGGAAUAUGGGGAACAGUUUGUGGUAAUUACUGGGAUCUCUCAGUUGCUGGAGUUGUGUGUAAACAGCUGGGCUGUGGAUCUGCUGAGUCUGCACCGCGCAAUGCUCACUUUGGACAAGGUUCUGGACCCAUCUGGCUGAGUUAUGCUUUCUGUCAUGGCUCUGAGUCUGCCCUGUGGGACUGUUCAUUGUCGUGGGAUUGGCGCAACUGUCAUCACUUUGAGGAUGCUGGAGUGAUCUGUUCAGAUGCAAAGUGUUUUGUUAGUCCUCCGGUUUGUGGCUCCAAUGGAAAUUGUGUCAACACAACUAAUGGCUACUGGUGUGACUGUCACCCAGGAUAUACUAAUGUUGGGAACGCAACAGGACAGUGUGAAGAUAUCAAUGAGUGUAUAAAGAAUGGCACCCACUGUGGCCCGAAUGCUUGGUGUGAGAACACAAUUGGAAACUACAGCUGCACCUGCAACAAGGGCUUCAGGGCCAGUUCAGGACAGGAGCACUUCAUGACAGCCAGUGAAAACACCUGUAAAGAUAUCGAUGAGUGCACUGAAACCCCCCUGAUCUGUGGUCCGAAUACACAAUGUGCCAACACUGUCGGCAGCUACAGCUGCUCCUGUAAAACAGGAUAUUUUCCUACUACUGGAUUGAAAUGGCUACCCAAUGAAAUACAAUGUGAAGACUUCACCAAGAUUCAAACUGUGCAAACCUGCAGCAUUAUAUAUUAUGAAGGAGGAGUAGAGAAAUACCUCAAUAGUUCCAGCACCUGGUUUUGUUUCAUCACAAACCUAACUUCCACCAAGUUCACUUGGUCCAGUUCUGAAUAUCAGCUGCAGCAAGUGGUUGGUGUUUUAAGCUCUGCUCUGAAUGACACUUCCUUGUGGAGUAACCUGACCAGGGAUGAGAAGUCUGUUGCAACUCAAGCAUACCUGGACAUUGUAGAGAGGGCAGUGCUGCACUUGACUGAGUCUUCAGAGACUCUGUUAAGGAAAAACAUGAACACACAAAAUCUAGAUAUGGAGCUACUGAUUGUACCGACGUACCUCACCCCUGGAUCUGAAAUGUUACAAUCCAAGAACAACAUCCUGGAAAUAAACAUGAGAUCCCUCCAGCAGAAUAACAUGGAAGGUCAGAUAACAGCUGGGUUUGUCUCGUACACUGGAAUGGAGUCUGUCUUGGAUGGAGGCUUCUAUCAGAAUCGCUCUUCACAGGGCUCUAUCCAGUUAAACUCCCCAGUGGUUACUGCUACUGUAGGCAGCAAACACAAACUUUCAGCACCUGUCAAUUUAACCUUCUAUCACAAUAAGUUAAAAACAGCAGAAGAGGAGGUGAUGUGUGUCUACUGGAAAUACGAAGGGACGGAAGGAUCCUGGUCCACUGAAGGCUGCACAAAGUUCUACUCAAACCAAACACACACUGUGUGCAGCUGUGACCACCUCUCCAGCUUCACUGUAUUAAUGGAAAGAAGAGAAUCACAGAUGCAAGAUUACUAUGCAUUGUUGGUGAUCGUCUACAUUGCAGAGAUAGCAUCCCUGGUCUGCCUCAGCCUUGCCAUUGUUACAUUCCUAUUCUGCUGUUCGAUUCACAAUGUCAGCGCCACCCUUCACCUGCACCUGAGUGUCUGUGUCUUCAUGGCUCACCUUCUAUUUCUAAUUGGAGUGUCCAAAACCAAUGAGGAGGUGCCAUGCGCAGUCAUAGCUGGGUUCCUGCACUACUUCUUCCUGUGCAGUUUCGUGUGGAUGUGCCUGGAGGUAGUGCAGCUCUACCUGCUGGUGAGAGACAUGAAGCAGAUGAGGCCGUGCAGCAUAGGGGGGCUGCUGGCUGGGUACGGCCUGCCUGCUGUCAUCGUGGCUGUGUCUGCUGGAGUGUUUCCAGAGGGGUACAGGAUUGACAUGUUAUGUUGGCUGAGCCAUCACAGAGGAUUUGCCUGGAGUUUUCUUGGUCCUGUUUGUGUCACAAUUGCUGUCAACACCAUUCUCUUCCCUGUAAUUCUCUGGACUAGGCUUGACCAGAAUGCUGACGAGUCAAAAGUCAAAGACACCAGACUGGGGAUUUUCAAAGCCAUUGUUCAUUGCCUCAUCAUGGGCUGCAGCUGGGUGCUUGCACUCUUUCCAGGAGUCACUUUCACGCUGGUGUUUGUCAUUAUCAACGCCCUGCAGGGCCCCUAUAUUUUCCUGGUGCACUGUAUACUAAAUCAGCAGGUGAGAGUGGAGUACAGGAGAUGGAUCAGCCUCCUCCACGGGCAGGCAGGCAGCUACAACGUCUCAUCUUCUACAGUUCCAAUGGAAUCUCUGAAGGAGGAAACCAAUGCAAAGUCUGUGCACUGAUGCAGCUCUGAGCUCUCAAGAAAGAAAACAGGAGAGCAAAUGAAGAAAGAAGAUCUGCAUGCUUUCAAAUUUGCAAGCUUUGGGUUGAAGGAGGAUUUUCUUUAUUGAGUACUAAUAAUUCAUUUCUUUAUUUCUAUAAAAUAUUUCUGGAAUGUUAUUAUAGGUUUCAGUGAGCCACAUUGUGAGUAGUACAUUUGGCGGUGAUUUAGACUUUAAACCAGAUUUUUUUUUUUUUAUGUAAAAAUGUUAAAACACUGAAA